GGUCAUUUGAUGAUUCUUCUACGUGGUAGACCAAAUAUCAACUAACAAAGCAGAGUUCAAGGAGAGAGGUUGCUUUUUAUUGUUUUAUCUUUAUAAGCGUUCGUUUCUUGACCAAAAAAUUGGGAUCGUGAUGGUUCCUAAGAUCUUUCAGUCUAGUCGCCAGAAGGCAUUUAAAAAGAGUGAAACCAGUGAAUUACAAAAGGGAUUAGUAUCUCAAUAUGCUAGUGAACGAAUUGAUGCUGUCAAGAGGACAAUAGCAGCUAUGACAGUCGGUAAAGAUGUGUCAAAUUUAUUUCCGGACGUGUUGAAGAAUUUAGCAACCCGAGACGUAACCUUGAAGAAAUUGGUGUAUUUGUACUUGAUAAAUUAUGCAAAGACGCAUCCUGAUUUAUGUAUUCUUGCCGUGAAUACUUUCGUGAAAGACUCAGAAGAAUAUAACCCUACUGUUCGGGCUUUGGCAAUUCGAACCAUGGGUUGUAUACGAGUAACCAAGAUAAUUGACUACUUAGCAGACCCUUUAAGGAAAGCUUUAAAAGAUGACCAUCCAUAUGUCCGUAAAACUGCUGCUGUAUGCGUCGUGAAAAUGUUCGAAUUAGACUCUCAAUAUUGUUCUUCCAAUGGUUUUAUAUCCCAGCUUCAGACAUUAGUUACGGAUCCUAAUCCAGCUGUCGUCACCAAUGCAGUCAGGUCUCUUGCAGAAAUUCAUGAUUGUGAGCCCGAAAAGGGAUAUUUCAAUUUGGUGUAUACAAUGACUGAUAGGUUGAUGGUAGCGUUGAGUGAAUGUAAUGAAUGGGGAAGAAUUACUAUUCUUUCCGCACUUUCCCGAUUCCGUACCACGGAUGUUAAAGAAGCGGAAUUUAUUUGUGAACGUGUUAUUCCUCAAUUUCAACAUGCCAACAGUGGUGUGGUGUUGGCUGCCGUAAAGGUAAUUAUGAUUCAUAUUUCGUUAUUUUCCGAGGAUUUUAAAAACCUUUUAUACAAGAAAAUGGCACCUCCUCUCCUUACACUUUUAUCCGCCGACCCAGAAAUCCAGUAUGUUGCAUUGCGGAAUAUCAACUUAAUCCUUCAAAAACAACCAAAUGUUUUUGAAAAAGGCACGCGUGUAUUUUUUUGCAAAUAUAAUGAUCCCCUUUAUAUCAAACUUGAAAAAUUGAAAAUUAUCACAAUGCUUGCGUGUGAGGAAAAUAUAAAUGAGACACUUUCUGAACUUCGUACUUAUGUCUCAGAAGUAGACUUAGAAUUUGUCAAACAGACAAUUAAAGCGUUGGGAGACGUUGCUCUUAAGGUUCCUAGCAUUAUUAAUGACUGUAUUGCUGUGUUUUUAGAGAUUUUUGAGGUUAAUAUUAGCUACAUGGUCCAAGAAGUUAUGGUUGUUAUGGAGACCAUUUUACGGCAGUAUCCUAAAAAGGUACAACUUUUAAUUCCUUAUCUUGAAAAAGUGCUAGAGGAACUUGGAGAUCCUCGGGCUCGUGCCAGUAUGGGUUGGAUAUUGGGUGAAUUCUGCAACUCUAUCCGCAACUCUACUCAGCUGCUAUAUGAAAUGGUGUCUACUAUCUCUCAGGAAGAUUUACAGGUACAGCUUGCUUUGUUAACAGCCACUGUCAAGUUGAAUCUUAUCAUGCGCAGCACUGAGUCUGAAGCACUUUUGAAAAAAAUAUCAUCUUACGCCAAAAAUGUAUCUAGCAAUCAAGACUUACGGGAUCGAGCUUUCAUGUAUGAACGAUUAAUGACUUCCCAAAAUGCAGAUACGGCCGCUUCUAUCGUUUGCUCGCAAAAGCCCACUGUCGAACAUGAUACCAAGUUACCCAAGUUACUUUUAGAGACUUUACUUUCAGAAAUGACUACCCUUGCAUCUGUUUAUCAUAAACUACCAGAGUCAUUUAUUGGUCAAGGAAAAUUUGGAGCUGAUGCGCUUCAACAACGUGCUGUUGAAGAGCUGAACGUUGAUGAGGAAAACAAUCAAACGGCUAUUGAAAAGGGAGCAAAUGUGGAGAAUUUACUAGAUCUUGAUUUUGGAGGUCAAGAUACUGCUACUCCUACUGAAUCUACGGCAUCUCCUUCUUUUUCUAAUAAUGCUUUGGAUUUAAUGAUGUCUGUCGAGUCUUCCACACCGAGCAAUCAACCUGCGGCGGGUCAUUCACGAUCUGCAACAGAAGACCUGCUUGGCUUAUAAAAGUAUUUAUUAGAGGACUUGAUCAAAUAAGCAUGUCUAUACCGCAUACCAAAAUAUCACAUAGUAAAUGAAUUAUUAUUCUUAUGCACUUAGAAUUAUUGUACUAGAAAUCGGUAGUUUUAUGAACUGCCAAAUACGAUGAAUAAACAAAUCGUAUGCUUUUUUGACGCAGGAUAUUCUUGUGUUACUCAAAA